GGCCAAGAGUUUACAGGACUGUAAACUGUCCCAAGGCAACCUCUUUCCUGAAGUCCCCAAUCACAGGAGAAAGUCUACCUCCGUGACCCAGGGAAACGUUGCCAAGGAGAAAGAACAAAUCGCCAGGCAGUAGGUGUAGGCAUUUGUGAUGCUUGGAAUAGAACAGGAAGUGAUGUUCAAUGCUGUAUAAGCCAUUGCUGAUGUCGCCUUGGCACAGGAAGUGCUACUUUUGAUUUCUGGUUCCCAUGGCUACAGCCUCUCUGCUCGGAUUGCUUCUAUGGGCUGUCCCCAUGCAGCUGGCUGGUACCUGCCUCCGUUGCUGGCCAGAUGCUGCUGCCUAUUUUAUUUACGAUGUUAACUUGCUGCUGCAACAGGAUACAGCAGCCUCUGAUCGGCUGGGGACACUUUUCCUGGGAAAUGUCAAAGAGCUUGCUUCGUAUGCCAGCGGAUAUUUGGGUAUAUAGAAUUAAGGGAAGAGCUGAGCAGGGUCGCCUCUGAUAGGAACUUCUGAUGAGUGUCAAAUACCCAUUUCUGAAUCACAGACUGUGCCAGGCUGAGAACGAGAAGAUAUGGAACGGGAGGCUGGCAAUCUCUUUCAUCAUCUUGAACUAAUUAUACAGAAAAGUCAAAAAAAUCAUGAAGUCCUGAUGAAGGAGGCAGAGUUGGAAAAAGCAGACUUUAUCAAGCGUUUGGAAGAAGCAUCUGAUCUUUUUGUGAAGGAAAUCUGCAGUUUUUCCUGUGAUAGGGCAGGUCUGACUGAGAGUAUGGGUGUUUAUGCUGCACAGGAUAAGGAGGGUCGAUCUAACAGCAUCUCCUCCAUCACUUCCACAGGCCAAUCGCGGUUUCGACCUUACGAAGUGGUACAAUGCAGAAACUGCCAAAUUCUCAAAGUUUCCUGCUAUGACCUCAGAAUAUGUGCAGGACCCAAUGUUGUUGCAGCUGUGUUGAUAACCCUUACAGUCUUGCUGGGGGUAGUGGGAGUUGCGGUGUGGUACUGCUGUCGUAAAAAGACAUCCGAAGAAACUGAAUCGGAAGAUGAAGAUGACGACAAUAAAGAUAAUGAUGAAGACAGUUCAGAAAUUUCAGAAAGCUCAGAAAAAUCAGAAGAGGCUGCCCCAAUUCCUCCAGUACCAGACUACCCAAGCCCCCCUGAAUAUUACACGCCCAAUCUACCAGAAUUCGACAUGCCCAGUCCUCCAGAAUUCGACAUGCCCAGUUCUCCAGAAUUCGACAUCCCAAGCCCCCCUAACUUCUAUGAUGCCCCGAAUUAAACUGUUUACAGCAGGAAAGUGGAAUUAUUUCUCCUCACUUGGCAACAUCUUUCCACCUGCAGCUCCACAGUGGUGUGUAAGUCAGGGCAGCCUCAGAGAACUAUUUUCCAUUUUAAGGUGGAAAACUCAAAAGAGUCACGGAUCAGAAAGUAAUUAAGGGCAGAUUGAGCCAGGAAUACUGAAGCGACUUUCAACCAUUUACGCAUGCUUGGCUCAGGGCUACCAUGAUACCUUCGCACAUCAGAUACCAAAGGUGAAGAUCCAUGCUGUGUGAACAAGUUUCUUUUCCUUCCUUGGUAUCUCUUCAGCCUGAAAAUAAAAACUCUUUUGUCAUUCCCAGCUGGCUCUACCAGCCAUGGGUAACGGGAUUUCAAUCCCAGCCACUCUGAAGGUAACCAGAAUUAUAAUGGCUGUCUGGCUGACAUACUGUAGUAUAUGUACCAAUACUCUUCAAUUUACAAUCACAAUUGAGCCCAACUUUUCUGUUGCUAAGUGAGACAGUCGUUAAUUGAGUUUUGCCCCACUUUGUCUUUCUUGCCAUGAUUGUUAAGUGAAUCACUGC